GCGCACGUUCAUGACGUAAUUAACCUAAUGCUGACGCUGCUCCUACUUACUAGGGGGUAGUGUGUUAACUGCAGUAUUAUACAGAUUUAACACAUAAUCAUACUAUAUUACCAGCCUGCAAAAUGAGCACGAUGUUUGCAGAUACGAUUCUGAUUGUGUUUAUAUCUAUUUGUACAGCAUUAUUAGCGGAAGGAAUAACAUGGGUUCUGGUGUACCGCACAGAUAAGUACAAGAGAUUAAAGGCCGAGGUUGAAAAGCAAAGUAAAAAACUGGAGAAAAAGAAGGAGACAAUUACAGAAUCAGCUGGGCGUCAACAGAAGAAAAAAAUUGAGAGACAAGAAGAGAAACUCAAGAACAAUAACAGAGACCUGUCUAUGGUACGGAUGAAGUCCAUGUUUGCCAUUGGCUUUUGCUUCACAGCGUUGAUGGGCAUGUUUAAUUCCAUCUUUGAUGGUCGUGUUGUGGCCAAACUUCCUUUCGUUCCUUUGUCUUACAUCCAAGGCCUCUCACACCGUAAUCUCCUUGGUGAAGAUUACACUGACUGUUCUUUCAUCUUCCUCUACAUCUUGUGCACCAUGUCAAUUAGACAGAAUAUCCAGAAGAUGCUGGGUCUUGCUCCCUCACGUGCCGCCACUAAACAAGCUGGCGGAUUUUUAGGACCUCCUCCACAAGCUACCAAGUUUUCGUGAACGUGUAGAAUAGUGAGAUUUAUACAUAAUAAGAGGCCAUGUGCUGUAUGUUAUGUAAAGGAAACACAUAAGAUGAGUGUGUUAGUCAGGUGCAGCUACAUGUGGUGACCACUGAAGAUGGCUAACUUUUUUUUGGUUUUUGAUUUUGUUUUGUUUUUUGAGUUAAAGAAAUGUGUUGGUAACUUAUAUGUAGACAGAUUUUUAACAGAAAAUGUGAAUUCAUUCAUAAGCAUUUAUGUAAUUUUUUAUUUGCAUAUGCAUAUCCAUAAUUGCAAAAAUUUGAUUGCUCAAAGGUUUAAAAAAGAUUUCUUACCUAUUUCUCUAACUAAUAUAAUUUUAUGAUUAUCUUUAAGCUACAUUAAUUCAUAUUAGGCUGAGAUAUAUGAUAGUUUAAUUUCUUCUUAGUGACAAAUAAAAUAAUGAAUAUUUGACCCCUGAAUUGUUAGGAUAUGUUCUGUAUUGUGUAUGUAAAUGUUUUAUUUAAGUGACAUAAAAAGGUUGACCUUA